AUGGGUAUCCAGAGGAAAUCCCAAAGGAGUUUGAUAGAAUUAAUAGAAUCCCGCCCCGAAAAAGGUGCACCGGAGAAGUCCACACAGCCAAAACUUCCUCCUCCUCCUCCCAAAUCUCCUCUUCCUCCUCCUCAGCCGUUUCUGCCAUCUAGACCCGAUCCUGCUGAUCCGAAAAGGAAGAGAGAGCAAAAGGGAAAAGAUGUAGUGGAUGCUGGGAGGUCUCGUCUUGCUCAUGAAGACAAGACCCAGAGAGUCGCAAAGCAGCAAAAGACUAGCCAAACAUUACAGAGAGGUAUGGAGAGGGGAGAUAAUCAGCCUCCAAAGCCUCAGGCUUGGCUUCCAACACCCAUUCUCAAUGGCGAACCCCUGAGGGAUGAUACAUCACUCAGGGAUUUCAAUGGGGGUAUUGGAUGUCAUGUUGCCUCAGCUUUGGAGGGGGCUUUGUUACUCCCAAAUGAUAUGGCCGAGCUGCGGAAUAUCAGAAAAAAUGAGGUUUUCCUCAACCUCAAAAGAUACUUGGGCAUGGUCGAGGAUCAGAGGCAGGGCCUGCGUAAGGCCAAUGAUCAGCUGGCUUCUUCCAAUGAGCAAAUAGCAGCCCUUAGAAAGAAACUAAAAGAAUCCCAAAAGCUCAAAGAUCAAGCUGAUAAGUUAAAAGCUGAGGCCGAGAAGGCAAAAGUGGAGGCCGAGAGGGCUAGGGACGAGGCUGAACAUCAUGGUUACGACGUCGACGUAGUUGAGACCGAGGACACCCUCCAUGUAAAGGUCCCAGCCGUAUGUCGAACCUACUGUGCUCAGACUUGGGAGGAAGCUCUCAACCGAGUCGAGGUUGAGGCUUCUUCUAAGCUGAGAAGGCCAGAAAAUAUCUACUUCCCACCAGCCAUACGAGCCUCGGACCUUCCUUCCACUCAAGGUGAGGUGGCCUCUACUGUUGCUAACCCGAUCGAGGAAGCACAGCCUCAGGAUCCUCUCCCUCCCAAUUAG